AUGGUUGAUCAGACAGCUUCGCCGCGCAGGAUAUCCUCGCCGGACGAAGAAAAGCCGCUGUUGGAGAUAGCUCAUCGAAAGGUCGACAAACGGCUCCUUUUGUGGUACUCGUUUGUAUACCUCAUUAUGCGCAUACACGUUAGCAACAUCAGCAACGCUGCCAUUAUCAACCUUGAAGAAGGCACCGGCAUCCGGAAGCAGCUUGGGAAUCUAUCCAGCUCUCAAUGGGCUUGGGCAUUGAGCAUAUUUUACUAUCCUUACAUGUUCUUUGAGCCGCUCGCCACGCUUGCGCUGAAAAGAUUUUCGCCUUCAGUCUGGAUGAGUCGAAUAAUGAUCACCUGGGUAUUUGGGACUACCUUGAACAAGUAUGAUGUCGGUGCUGACUGUUAA